GGAUGAGUUUAUAGAAGAUUUGAAGGGUAUUCUAGAGAGGGUAGUCCAAGAUGGGGAAAAGGUUCUGACUGUUACAGUAAGGGGCAUUGUUUGUGAUGCUCCUGCAAGAGCACUUGUUAAAGGCAAAAUUUCUUUCAGCCGUCAAUGAAAUCUUAUCAACAAAUUCUAGAAAUUUGCCGGAGUACAGCGAGCUGAUCUCCCUUGCAGAAAAAGAUUUAUAUGAUGGUGAACUAGCACCAGAAAUCCUAAACACAAAGGAUCAUGCAAUAACCUCCCUGUCUACUAGAAGGACACCAUCUCAGCGUAGUGAUACAACCAACGUCUCUUCACAAGGAAUUCCUACAACUAACACAACAAGAGAAAGACAUUCUCAACGAAACAGUGGUGUCUUAGAUGCGCAUGACCUUUCAUUGCACGAAACGCCUUUGACAAGUUUUAUGAACAUAACACCUGCAGGAAGACGUUCUCAACCAAACGUUAAUGUCUUCCAAAGAUCAGUUCUCACCAAACUGGAAACAUUAAUUGAUAAGCAAGAAGAAGCGUUGUCAAGAUUGCGUGCUCUGUUAAGCGUUACGAAAGGUGUAGACGAGCACAAAAUUUUGGAAGAUGUUGUACCUAAUCCUUAGAUUCGGUUUAAGAACUUGAGGAGCUAUCCUCUAGUCUUGAUGAAAAAAAGUCCAGAAGAAAGUUGCUGCAGUUUUUGGUAGCACUGUGCGCAAACACCUGUACAAACAGUGUUAGAAGAAUUAUGACAAAGCUAGGAACAAAUAAUCUAUGGUUCCAAUAUAGUUUACAAGGCAGAAAGUCGAAGCGACCAUUUCAGCACCUUGCCCUCUGCAAAGUUAUAACAAAAGCCUGCCUCAAAGCUCAUAAAAGAUGCAGCGAGGCCAACGUUGCAGAGCAAAUUGCCGAAUUUUUAAAAUAUGCUCCAGGCAAGCAAGGUGGUUCUAGAUUUAAGGUCCGAAAAGGCAACUUAUUGGAAUCGACUUAAUAAGCAGAUUUUUGUAAAUAUGUAUAUUAAAACACGCACUGCAAAAUAGAUGAAUUAAAAGUUGAUUAUAUGGAAAUUAAACUUUAGUUCGUAUCAUUGGAAA